AUGGAGAAGCAAGAUACGUUGUUCAGCACCGAGCAGAUCCAGUUGUUGAGUAACGGCGUUCAUCCCACCGUGCGUGUGGACUUUGAAGGCGCCGCCAAGUACAAGGGUUUUGAGCAGACUGCUGACGAGCCGUAUCGAGUUAGUUGUGCCAGGCGUACCUUGCUGAAGUUGGCCGAGGAUGGUGAGCUGGGGGGUCCGUCAAUCGCGCCGUUGAAGACGUCGAUGGGGAGCAUGUGCCAGUUGCGCGACGCUCUGUUGGAGUCCUACAAAACGCUUGAGCCCUCUGGCGACUACAAGUCAAUCUUCUGGAGGGGAAUCUGUCGGCCCAUGCUUGGGACGGACAGCGAGAACCAGCUGGCCGUGGCGCAUACGAAAGGUUGCGUGUGUUCUCGGUGCGAAUCAGGUCCGGUCGUGAGCCUGCCCGCGUGGAACAGUGUGAUCAAAACCGCAACGGAUCACGGGUCCUGGCGUGGUAUACUCUGGCGUGAACUGGUGCCUGAGGACCUUCGACUUCCCCAGAACGAGUGGGCAGUCCGUGGCGGAGAAUUCACACCAAAAGGACAGUGGCCGGCAGGGAGUGAUAUGCGGUUCCUCUGGCCUGCGGAGAUCGAACACGCCAAGGGGCGCAUCUCGACUGAAGCCAAGAAGCAAAGGGUGAAAAGCGACGAGUACCCGUGGGAGGGAACGUUUAUGCCACGCGGCGAACACAUUGGGUGUAGAGGUGACAGGGCAAAGGACGGCGUUCAUGCCACCAUGCUUGAUUACCUUAGAGUCUGGCGCGUCGCCAACCUCGGCGACCUAAUGAAGUCCUACCGUUUCUCGCCAGCGGUCAUCAACAAGCUAGAGGCGGAUGCUGACCUGCUCAUCUUCCACGCGAAAGAAUGCAACCCCGGUGCCAAGAAAGAUUACUACAUCGGCAGCUACGCACAAACCUACGUUGUGCUCGAAGCCGAUGGCGGAAGCUCCUGCCUGCGCCUUGCUACUGUCCCUUACUGCCUCAUCGCGAAAGACUCGAAGGACGCCUCUGCUCGACAAACGGCAUUCUGGAAGAAAGUACGACUCGACGCAGGCUGUGCCGUGUCCGAGUAA